GCGUCCAGGCAUUUUCCUUUUCCGCAAGCGGACCUACGAGGGUUGCUAGGCAACAUCCCAGGGUUCCUUUCGAUUAAACUAGCUUCCCCGCCUGGAACGGAAGGAGCGGGCUACUCGCGUACUGCUCUUUGAGAAGGCUAACAACCUCUUAAGGUGCAGGUGCCUUGGCCAAGUAAAGUAAGUGACAUUGUCCCCGGUAGUUGUGGGCCAGUGUAACCCAGCCACAGGUACUUUAUCUUUAAAAUAACAUCGGGUAUUUUGGAUACUGAGAGGCGCGCCUCGUUGUGAAAAUCGGCCCUCUGUUCACUUGCAGGAUAGACCGUGGGAUUAACAUUUGGAUUAUUUGAAGAUGAGCUUCCUGUUGCCCAAACUGACGAGCAAAAAAGAAGUAGACCAGGCAAUAAAAAGUACCGCAGAGAAAGUGUUGGUUCUCAGGUUUGGGAGAGAUGAGGAUCCUGUCUGUCUGCAGCUAGAUGAUAUUCUCUGUAAGACCUCUCCUGACUUGAGUAAAAUGGCUGCUAUAUAUCUGGUAGAUGUGGACCACACUCCAGUUUACACACAGUAUUUUGACAUCAGUUAUAUUCCAUCUACUGUAUUUUUCUUCAAUGGGCAGCAUAUGAAAGUGGAUUAUGGGUCUCCAGAUCACACUAAGUUCGUGGGCAGUUUCAAAACUAAACAAGACUUCAUAGAUUUGAUCGAAGUAAUCUAUCGAGGCGCAAUGAGGGGGAAACUUAUCGUCCAAAGUCCUAUUGAUCCCAAGAAUAUUCCCAAAUACGACCUUCUCUAUCAAGACAUUUAGCACAUCCACUGCUGUUGGAGAGGAAGAGAAAGGCACAUGGUGAAACAGUGCCUAAAUCUAGCCAUGCUGCUUUUCUGGAGCCCCCCAGAAAUGUGUUCAGCAUCCCAGCAGAAAAGAGUUUGUCUUGUGCGUAAAAUACCCGUUCCCUGUGCAGAAGGCCCCACCAGCGGUCCAACAGUCUGGGUCCAUGCCUGUCCACUCCCUGUGAGCCUUGGAGUGUGAGGCCACCUGUUUAGUUUCCCCUGAGGUGACUUUUCUAACUUCCCUUCAUACUGGGCUUUUCUUUAUCCCAUAAGAUAAUACAGAAACCUAAACAUAGGCAGGGACAGUUUAACUGUUUAUCUGAUGUACAAGUAAAUGUAGAGUCCUAUAACAGCAAAAAUAUUUAUUUUCUCAUACAUGCCUGGGAGUGACACACACGCACACACUCCCCACAUACCCUUACCUGUUCCUCCACUCGUGUCUCUCAUGCUCUCCCAUCUCCAGGUCCUCUUUCCCCAGUUUCUCUCAGAAAUUCUCUACUCCUAACAGAUUCAUUUCAUUUUGGAGCCUUUCGGACUCUGACUUUUAAAACACUGCUUUUGUCAGCUCAUUUAACCAGCUUCUAUGAUACUCAGUUUCUCAAGGAUUAAGACCUUGAACCUCCGCCAUCCAGCACCUACCUGGAGCAAAACCAAGACUUAACUACGCCUAAUAAGCUGAUCUCUCUCAGAAGGCAGAGUUGCCACUUCUUUCUAAGGCAGAAAACUGUGUUUCAAGGAUUCAAGACUGCAAAGAUGUCAGCAUUGUUCAGGAAAAAAAAUAGCUUUACGGUAUUUGCCAGUUUUAAUGACUUUAUGAAGAAUGUUGCUCUCCCACAAUCACCCUGGGAAAACCGUGGGCAAGUCACUGCUUCUCUCACACCUGCAGCAGCUGCUAGUACUGAAGUCUCAGAAUAAGGAUGGACACUGGGCUGCAGGGAGUGGGCCAGGCAGCUUGGGACCUGCUUGGCAGCCAUUGACUUCUUUGCCAACAGAAGCCCACUUCUGUUUCAGGCAGCACUGUGACUGCAGGUCCAACCCCUUUGCCAGGUGCUUCUCAGGAUUGUCCUGCAGGGAGUGGUGACCGUGAGAUUUGGGUCUGGCUAAUGUGGCACAGGAGAAAGCCUGCCAGGGGCUUUUUGUUGAUAAAAGGAGAGGCAUUCCAGGAAUAAAAUAGAACUACCUCUGUCUUCUUUCUCUACCUCCUUUUGAUUUUAAUCAUAUGCAUUUUAAGCCCGUGAGGCAACCAGCAUUCAGAUGAAAAAUUAAUAUGCUGAGAAGAAUAAUUAAAAGAGUCUGAUCAUCAGAUAUGGUGGUACAUGCCUGUAAUCCCAUCUACUUGGGCAGCCAAGACAGAAGGAGCACAAGUUGGAGGUCUGCCGGGGAAAUUUAGCAGACCCUGUCUCAAAAUUUUAAAAAAGGGCUGGAGGCAUAGCUUAGUGGCAGAGUUCUUGUAUAGCAUAUGCAAGGCCCUGGGUUCAAUCCCCAGAACCAUUAAAAAAAAAAAUUAUGACCCCAAGUGAUGUUACUGAGCUCCUGAGUGAACUCCAGACCUGCCUCCCUCCAGACUUCUAUGAAAGAAUAAAAUGUCGUCUUUGCCUAA